AACUGGGAUUUGUUAGCCUGACUGUCUGACUGUGCGAGUUCGUCUGGAAGGCAAGGUACGUCAGGAAGACAACAGACCGCGUGACCCUGAGAAGCAAAACUCUUUUAAAGUUCCGACGGUGUAAACUGUCUCUCCGAAAGUAGCGAUGAAGUUUAACCUGAGUAAGGAGUGAAUAAAUUCCGAGAGUAGCGACAUCAAGAAUGUAACUUGACGUGAAAAAAACGAAAAUAACACUACAAGUUACACAAAACCGAUCUGAUUUGUUUUAGAUGACCCCUAUUUCAAACAGAAUAUCCUAUAUAUUCUUUUCUAAAUAACAUGUCUCUCUGUACAUUGAAAACAAUUUUAUAUCAAGACAGGCACCUAUGGUCCAUGUUUUAGUUCGAGUCCCAAAGCGGUGACAGCUCUGAAAGUUGCGUCGCUAUGCCCCGAAAGCAGCGCUAGGGAAAGGCGGCCAUACGAAAGUAACGAGGGGCGUUGUUUGUUGGGCUUUUCUCAAUAUCUAUGUUCCUAUGCAUGGAGAAAAACCGAAACAUUCAGUUCAUUACCCUGCUAUGCGAUUUGAAGUCAAAUUUCCGGCUCAGCCGUCAUCCUAGCGUAAUUAGAGUAUUAUGUAUGAUAAUAUUAUGAGUUAAAGAAGCAGAUAUUCUAUUUCGUUUCUCUUAACACCGGCUGCAGGGAUUGCACGGGGUUUUUCCCAGAAAUAAGCCGAGGUACAUCGAGUCCAAGGUACAACGAGUCCAUUUACAUCGAGUCCCUGUUUUGAAAUUUAUGUCGGAGUAUAUAUAAGAAAACAAUUUGCCGUAUUGUCUGACAGCGCUUUGCCUGUUCCAGUUUUGGGUUUUGUUUUCUCUAUAUAUUAAAGUAUACAAGUCGUGACACAUUCAACUGACUUAAGUUGUUACCCGAACUUGCUUCUGAAACGAAAUUCUUAAGAUCUGGGACGCCGAUGAAACGGAAGAACAUCAAUCAAUGUGUCAGUGUGUCAUUAUUCUGAGAAACGCAAUGAAUUGAGUUGCGAAAUACCUUUCAGUAUCAUAAGCCCUGUGACCUUGAGAUAUCGAUUUAAUUUCCACGAACUUACCCAUUAACUUCACCAACACUCCAAUUAUAUCCGGCUGACGUAGCCAAACAUAAAAUGUGGGUGGUAAGAUUCUUGGAAAACACUGCUGACGGAAUGAUUGAUUGGGUUUUAUUGCAUAACUGGCUUUUGCUCAUGAGCAGCCAGCUAGCCGGUCAAAAAGCGAAACCACUCAUUUGCCACGUUUUACACGUUCCCUCAGAUUGAACUGUUGUACCGGACAAACCAGACCAACAAUUGAACGUCGAUGGCAAUUCCUUGGAAGCUCUACCUGACAUGCUGGUUUCUUGGUGCUUCCGUACAAAGCUCUGUGUUUUUCAGCUUCAAUGCCGUUGAUUAUUUCAACUACUUUUUCCCUGACAACUACAAACCCGAGGUCUACGUUGGUGUGACGGUCGGAGUUGGCGCGAGCGUUGGAGCAGUGUUGAUGGUCACCUUCCCACCCAAAUCGAGUCAUUUAACUGUGCUACUCCUCACACUGACUGCCUCGGUAGUUUUGAUGGUCGCAGAAGUAGUCAUUACACCUCUUGACACCGGCAUCUUAUCCACACCAGCUCGGUUUGGUUCGGUGUUAGCCGUAAUCUUCGUUGCGACCGUCGUUCAAAAUGUCGGCGGUGGGGCUCUUUACAGCUUCGUUGGAAAGCAUUUUCCGAAGUUUGGAGUCCACGCAGCACAGUCUGGCGGCGUGUGUGCGUUUGCAGCGACUUUCAUUAUUCGCUGUAUCUCGAAGGGAUCAUUUCAACAUCUUAAAGACAGGGAUAAAGGUUUCCGCCUCAGCGGCUAUUUGUUUGUGGCCUUGGUGGAUCUUAUAAUUUUCAUAGCAUGUUGUUUGAUCGCCAUUCUUCGAGCCCACGUCCGCCAAUUAACGCACACUAAACGUUUAAAUGCCACUUAUCGAGAGAACUUCGAGGAUGAGAACCAGCCGUUACUAAAAAGCGACGAAUUCAGCAACGUGUCUCGUAAGAGGGUCAUCAGGAAUAACUGGGCUGCACUCACAACAAUCUGCCUGACAUUGGUCAUCUCCAAUGCUUUGUUUCCGGGCAUUACCUCGCAGUUUCACGGAAAUUACAACUGCACUUCCGCUAACAACAAUCCCUCUAAUUCCACCGGCUUUCUAAACACUGCUACCGCGGUUUCUCCGACCAGAGGCUCGCAGACUAGCGACAAGACAGGCUGGUUCAUUGUCAUCCUCUUCGGCUGUUAUUCGGUGGCAGACGCUAUCGGGAAAAACUUACCAAUCUUUGGGAUCCUCUACAGCAAGAAAUCGAUUCUCUGCAAUUGCCUAGUGCAGCUGGUUAUAGCCGUUCCGAUUCUACUUAUCUACUUCGAGCCUUGUGUUGCCGGACUGCAAGCUGAUUGGAUAGCCUAUCUAACUGUUGGUCUGCUCGGACUGGUCAAUGGCUACGGACUGUGUGCCGCCAUGAUGCUUCUGGCCCCAGGACAUCGCGGUAAGAAGCACGAGGAGGGUUUGGCGACUAGUAUCGGUUACAUGUUUCUGCAGCUGGGAAUCUUACUUGGGAUGGGUGUUUCGUUGUUUCUCGUGGACUUCGUGUUUGAGGCAACCAAGCCCUAAAGGACAGCAAACCAGCUGAGAAUGCAAGUUCAGUUACCUCUCACAGUUGUUAUACUGAGGACUUCCUGAUAAAUACUUCAUUUGACCUGAUUUAUUUCUUGUUUUAUCUGUUUGAGAAUAGCUAUUAUAUUGUUAAAAAGUUUUCCUAAUCAGAAAUUCAUAAAUGUUAUUACGAAUGAAAGAAAAAUUGCCUCCAUCUGGACUUCUUCCUGUUUAAGGUCAUCAUAACUAAGCUGGAUUUACCUGUCAGUAUAAACUGACUGUGCAUAUUAUCAAAUUUUAUAAUAUAGAUUGGUCUGUUUGGUCAAAAACCCAUGUUUUAUCAGAGUAUAAAACAUAGCGUUUUUUAUUGUUUUUGGCCACAUCACCUCCAGUCAACAUUUCUGUUAGAGAUGGCGAAAACCAUUUUCUUUGAAGAAAUUUUUGAUGGAGCUCUCUGCGAAACAGCAGAAAGUUUUGAAGACGAGGCAUGUAGCACUUGAGUGGUAUUAAAUUGCGUCAGUUUGUC